AUGGGAAAUACACCAAGUCGCCCAUCACCAAUCACAAUUGAUCCUGAAUCAAACGUACAAACGGAUGGUCUUGAUAGCUUUGAUUAUGAUUUAGAGCAUGGCUCCCAUCUAAGUUUUGAUAAUGAAAAUAGUUAUCUUUCAAGAAUCACAACAAAGUUUCAUCAUGCCUUGAGUUUCAACUAUAAAAAGGAAAAGGAAAGGUAUAUUGAAAGUGCACAUCUUGUUUGA